AUGAACAGAGACGUCCCAGAGGCGCCCCGCACGGGUGGAGACCUGGUGCCCCAGCACCGCACUCGCCGCUGCCUGUCUGCGGUUGAAUCCAGAGAGCAGCUGGAGGAAGAGGAGGAGGAGGAGGAGGAGGAGGAGGAGGAGGAGGGGAAAAGGGAGGCGAGAGAUGGCUUCCAUGCAGUAGCGCUCCGAAGAUCGGGGGCUUUUCGUGCCCAUCACCACAGCUAUGACCCCCUCAAAAGACACAGCUGGGGGCCGGACGGGGAGCACCAGGAUCCUCUGAGCAGGAGCAAACUGCAGGCACCGGGAUGCGCCGGGGCCCAGGAGGCUGCCUCACUGCAGAGCCAAGAGGACCUGGGCACGUUUCUGGGACCGCAGCGCCAAGGUGGCCCGCCUUCCAGCGUGGCCCAGGGUUCCUGCCGUCCACCUGCUGGCCCUUCGGACCCCUCAGCCACCGGCAUGCUUUCCAAGUCUGUUUCCAUGAGUGGCAUCAACUGCUUCUCCGGCAGCUCAGGCCCCGCUGGAAAUCUAUCCCAGUCCUCUGCUGCUAACUUCAGCCAAAGCUGCAGCCAUCUGGAACGGGGUUCCAACACCUGGGUUGGCUCCUCCCUGCGGCGAACCUUCAGCUUCCUCUUGGGCAUGACGGGCAAGGCCAAGGCCCGGGAGAAGGAGAAGAUGAAGGAAGCCAAGGAUGCCCGCUACACCAAUGGGCACCUCUUCACCACCAUCUCCGUCUCGGGCAUGACCAUGUGCUACGCCUGCAACAAGAGCAUCACGGCCAAGGAGGCCCUCAUCUGCCCGACCUGCAAUGUGACUAUCCACAACCGCUGUAAAGACACCCUGGCCAACUGUACCAAGGUCAAGCAGAAGCAACAGAAGGCCGCGCUGCUGAAGAACAACACUGCCUUGCAGUCCGUGUCCCUCCGCAGUAAGGCCACCACGCGGGAGCGGCCGAGCUCCGCCAUCUACCCCUCCGACAGCUUCCGGCAGUCCCUGCUGGGCUCCCGCCGCGGCCGCUCCUCCUUGUCCUUGGCCAAGAGCGUGUCCACCACCAACAUCGCUGGACACUUCAACGAGGAGUCCCCGCUGGGCCUGCGCCGGAUCCUCUCCCAGUCCACCGACUCCCUCAACGUGCGGAACCGGACCCUGUCCGUGGAGUCCCUCAUCGACGAAGGGGCAGAGGUCAUCUACAAUGAGCUGAUGAGUGACUUCGAGAUGGACGAGAAGGACUUUGCGGCCGAUUCCUGGAGCCUGGCUGUGGACAGCAGCUUCCUGCAGCAGCAUAAAAAGGAGGUGAUGAAGCAGCAGGAUGUCAUCUAUGAGCUCAUCCGGACGGAGCUGCACCACGUGCGGACGCUGAAGAUCAUGACCCGCCUCUUCCGCACGGGGAUGCUGGAGGAGCUGCAGCUGGAGCCAGCCGCGGUGCAGGGGCUGUUCCCCUGCGUGGACGAGCUCAGCGACAUCCACACGCGCUUCCUCAGCCAGCUGCUGGAGCGCCGGCGGCAGGCCCUGUGCCCGGGCAGCACCCGCAACUUCAUCAUCCCUCGCCUGGGGGACCUGCUCAUCAGCCAGUUCUCCGGUCCCAGCGCCGAGCAGAUGCGCAAGACCUACUCGGAGUUCUGUAGCCGCCACACCAAGGCCUUAAAGCUCUACAAGGAGCUGUAUGCCCGGGACAAGCGCUUCCAGCAGUUCAUCCGGAAGGUGACCCGCCUGGCCGUGCUGAAGCGGCACGGGGUGCAGGAGUGCAUCCUGCUGGUGACCCAGCGCAUCACCAAGUACCCGGUGCUCAUCAGCCGGAUCCUGCAGCAUUCCCACGGGAUGGAGGAGGAGCACAAGGACCUGACCACGGCGCUGGGGAUGGUGAAGGAGCUACUGUCCAACGUGGACCAGGACGUGCACGAGCUGGAGAAGGGGGCUCGCCUGCAGGAGAUCUACAGCCGCAUGGACCCCCGGGUCCAGACGCCGGUGCCCGGCAAGGGCCCCUUCGGCCGGGAGGAGCUCCUGCGGCGCAAGCUCAUCCACGACGGCUGCCUGCUCUGGAAGAACACCAACACCGGCCGCUUCAAAGAUGUGCUGAUGCUGCUGAUGACGGACGUGCUAGUGUUUCUGCAAGAGAAGGACCAGAAGUACGUCUUUCCUACGCUGCAGGACAAGUCCGCGGUGAUCUCACUGCAGAAGCUCAUCGUCCGGGACAUUGCCAACCAGGAGAAAGGGAUGUUUCUGAUCAGCUCGAACACGCCCCCGGAGAUGUAUGAGGUCCACACGGCAUCCCGGGACGAUCGGAACACCUGGAUCCGUGUCAUUCAGCAGAGUGUGGGCAUAUGCCCAUCCAGCGAGGACUUCCCCCUGAUUGAGACAGAGGAUGAGGCUUACCUGCGGCGAAUCAAGACGGAGCUGCAGCAGAAGGACCGGGCGCUGGUGGAGCUGCUGCAGGAGAAGGUCGGGCUAUUUGCCGAGAUGACCCACUUCCAGGUGGAAGAGAACGGCAGCUGUGGGGUGCCCCUGCCCACCCUGCCCAGGGGCCUUUUCCGCUCCGAGUCCCUCGAGUCCCCUCGUGGCGAGCGGCUGCUGCAGGAUGCCAUCCGUGAGGUGGAGGGCCUGAAAGACCUGCUGGUGGGGCCCGGCGUGGAGCUGCUCGCGCCCCGGGAGCCAGGCCUGCCCCCGGAAGCAGACAGCGGCGGGAACACGAGUCCUGGAGUCACCGCCAAUGGUGAGGCCAGAACCUUCAAUGGCGCGAUCGAGCUCUGCAGAGCCGACUCGGACUCCAGCCAGAAGGAUCGAAAUGGAAAUCAGCUGAGAUCUCCCCAGGAGGAAGCGCUGCAGCGACUGGUCAAUCUGUAUGGACUUCUGCAUGGCCUGCAGGCGGCCGUGGCCCAGCAGGACACGCUGAUGGAAGCCCGCGUCCCCGAGGGCCCGGAGCGGCGGGAGAAGCUGACCCGAGCCAGCUCGCGGGACGGGGAGGCCGGCCGCGCGGGGGCCGCCCCGGGGGCGCCCGAGAAGCAGGCCUCGGAGCUGGCGCUGCUGCAGCGGCAGCACUCGCUGCUGCAGGAGGAGCUGCGGCGCUGCAGGCGCCUCGGAGAGGAGCGGGCGGCCGAGGCCGGCAGCCUGGAGGCCCGGCUGCGGGAGAGCGAGCAGGCGCGGGCGCUGCUGGAGCGGGAGGCGGAGGAGGCGCGCAGGCAGCUGGCUGCCCUGGGCCAGGCCGACCCCGCCCCCCAGGAGGCCGCCUGGGCCCGCCGGCCCCUGGACCCUCGGCGCCGGAGCCUGCCCGCAGGCGACGCCCUGUACCUGAGCUUCAGCCCCCCGCAGACCAGUCGAGGCCAUGACUGCCUGGAUUUGCCUGUGUCUGUCCGCUCUGUCCACCGACCCUUUGAGGACCGAGAGGGGCAGGAGCUGGGCAGCCCCGAGGAGCGGCUACAGGACAGUAGCGACCCUGACACGGGCAGCGAGGAGGAAGGGAGCAGCCGCCUGUCUCCGCCCCACAGUCCUCGAGAUUUCACCAGGAUGCAGGACAUACCCGAGGAGACGGAGAGCCGCGAUGAGGAGCUGGUAGCUCCGGAGAGCUAA